AUGAACCCCAAAUUUAUCUGCCCCGGCUGGUUUCUGCUGAUUCUACUUUUCACACAUGACCAAGGAAGAGCCAAGCCAAUGACCGACAUACAGGCCUUGUCUAAAAUAUUAGAAGAAGACCUAGAGCACCCGCUGGGGUCUGAGGAAACAGAGCAGGAGCAGGAUGAGUCCCUCCUCACUGGGGCCUUGGAGCAACAAGACGCUCUGCCCCCCUGGGCCAGGAACCCCAGAGAGGGGGCCUUCCAGAGGCUCCUCAGCGAUCUUCUGGGCUCCUCCCGGAGCUAUCAGGGCAGAAGCAAAAAGGGUCUCUCCAGGGGCUGCUUCGGUGUCAAGCUGGACCGGAUCGGAGCCCUGAGCGGGCUGGGAUGCUGA